AUGAAUGAAUUACAUAAUUCUCUUGAUAAUAGUUCUCCUAUUUAUAAUAGUGAAGAAGUUGAAGAGGAUUCAUCAGAAAUUAUCAUUGAUUGGAAAUUAUUGGAGAAGAUGUUGGGUGUUACAUGUGAUAAUGCAAAAAAUAUGGAUACUUUAUUUGAGAAUUUUGAAAUCCUUUGUGAAGAAGAAGGCAUAAAAUUUGAUGCAUCUAAUCAAAGAGUGAGAUGUUUGGCACAUAUAAUUAACUUGGCAGCACAAUCUACUUUAAAAAGUUUAAAGUGUCUUGCUCCAGAAGAAGAACCAUCUCCAUUGGAUGAUACUGGAUUGACAGAUAAUGGUCUUAAAGAUUAUGUGUUGUCAAAUUUUGAAUGGGAUAAAAUAAAUGACAUUUUAGGUCUUCUUAAG